AUGAAGAGUAUAAUAUCGCUUUGUGCGAUAUUAUUAUUGUCUAAUCCCGGGUAUAGUGAAUCUACUCCAAAAUGGUGGCAAUCGAUGUCCCUUUAUCAAAUUUAUCCUAGAAGUUUCAAGGAUAGUGAUGGUAACGGUAUCGGAGAUCUUAAAGGUGUCAUGAGCAAACUGGAACAUCUCGUUGAGUCAAAUGUCGAUGCUUUUUGGUUAUCUCCGAUUUAUCCUAGCCCGAUGGUUGAUUUCGGUUACGAUAUUUCCGAUUUUGUCAAUAUCGAAGAAGUGUUUGGAACUAUGAAGGAUUUUGAGACACUAGUAGAAGCCACGCAUAAUGCGUCAAUGAAGAUUAUCAUGGACUUUGUUCCUAAUCAUUCAUCGGACCAGCACGAAUGGUUCCAAAAAAGUUUACAAAAGAUAGAACCUUACACCAACUAUUACGUAUGGCAUGAAGGCAAAAAGUUACCGGACGGAACAAUUACAGUGCCGAAUAAUUGGGUAAGCGUGUUCGGUGGACCAGCAUGGACCUGGCGUGAAGAACGUCAAGCGUAUUAUUUUCAUCAAUUCGCAAAACAACAGCCUGAUCUCAACUAUGAAAAUGAGGAUGUAGUAAAUGCAAUGAAGAAUGUCAUGAGAUUUUGGCUCGACAAGGGGGUGGAUGGCUUCCGGGUAGAUGCGGUGCCACAUUUAUGUGAGGACGUCAGAUUAUUGGACGAACCACUCACGGGUAAUCCAAAUCCUGAUGACUACGGUUACACAGACAAAAUAUACACGAAAGACAUUCCGCAUACCUACGACAUAGUCAAAGGAUGGCGAGAAGUGCUGGACGAAUAUUCAGAUGAAAAAAUUAUGAUGAUCGAGGCUUACUCGAAUAUGACGAUGACGAUGAGGUAUUAUGUAUACGGCGCAAACUUUCCCUUCAAUUUUGGUUUCAUUACCGAUACAAAUCAGGAUUCCAAAGCAAUUGAUUUCAAGAGAUUAAUUGACAGAUGGAUGGUAAACAUGCCUAUUUUGAAAGCAACUGCUAACUGGGUGGCAGGAAAUCAUGACAAACCGCGAUUAGUCACUCGUUACGGACGAUAUCGAGCGGAAGCAAUGACCAUAAUAACUCUAUUGCUUCCUGGAGUGGCUGUAACUUAUAAUGGGGAUGAAAUCGGCAUGGAGGAUACGAGGAUCUCAUGGGAAGACACCAAAGAUCCACAAGGUUGCAAUGCCGGUAAAGAUGGUUACGAGAAAGCAUCUCGAGAUCCCGCAAGAACGCCGUUCCAAUGGGACAACACCACUUCAGCUGGAUUUUCCACAAGUGAGACAACCUGGUUACCGGUGAACGAGAAUUACUUAACGCUUAAUUUAGCCACACAAAAAGAACAGGACAACUCUUACAAUGCUCUGUAUAAAGCAGUUUCUGCUCUGCGAAAAUUGCCUGUAAUUAAACGUGGAACCUUAACCACGACAUUAUUGAAUGAUGAUGUUUUCGCUUUUACCAGGAAAGUUGAUGGAGACGUAGUUUACGUAGUGGCAAACUUUGCAAAUAAAGAAGAAACCGUUGAUUUAUCAACGCUUGUUUAUGCAUCAAGUCAAUUAAACGUUUAUUAUGCCACUACUAAUGCUCAUCAUCUUAUUGGAAACAUCGUCAAAGAUGUUCACACCGUAAAAAUUCCUGCAUCAGGAGCUAUAAUAUAUACUAGCACCAUUGCACCAUAUAAUAGCAAGUAGAAAGCCAUAUUCGAACGAGGCAACAUAUUUUUUCAACCUAAUUAUAUUUAUAUUAUUACGCUAAAUAAAC